CCGUUUAAUAACAUUUAAUGCUAGUUUAUCUCUUUGGAAUGAACUUGCCCAUGAUUAUUUAAUAAUUUCUGUUUUAUUUUUUCUUGGUUUUUGAGUGAUAGGUUAUAAACUGUUGAGUUCAGUUGAUUUUCUAUGAUACUGAUUAUCUGUGGUUAUCACUGUUUUCAAAAUAAAAGUAUUUCGGUUUUUGAGUCAUGAUGAAGAGAUUAACUUGUCAAUGUCAUUUUCUGUUGUAAAAAGUAUUUUGUAUCGUCUAUAUUUUGUUUUUUUUAGACCAGGUUCUAUAUUCAAGUUCUAAAUUUUUGUGUCAUUCCACUUAUAUAGUUUCUUCCAGUUUUGUGUUAUAAUAAAUGUGAAGGAAAGUUUGACAUAUGUGUGGUGUGUUGUGAUUUGAUUUUCAUGUGUAAUGCAUUUUUGAUUAAUAAUAUUUUAAUGAACUAUCAAAAACAUUUCAACCCUCAGAAUGGAAGAAGUUACCAAUGGAAGAAAAAUUGUCAGUAGGUUUCAUCCCUAUCAUGGUGAUAACAUUGUAUUACAAGAUAACAAUACUGUUGCCUACAGAAAAUCUAGUUUUGCUAAUGCUUUAACUUUCAGUGAAAAACCUUUACUGCCUGGUGAAAUAUUUUUAGUCGAAAUCGAAAAGAAUGAAAGAGGAUGGAGUGGAUAUAUGAGGCUAGGUCUUACUAGAAUGAACCCUGAUAUUAUGGCCCAUAGUGGUUGGCUGCCGCGCUAUGCUCUUCCAGAUCUUACUAAUUUAUGCACUUCAUGGAUUUUCGCUAUUACCAAGACCAACAUAUAUGAAUUUUCUACUGGUUUUUCCCACAGGAAUUCUUUUGAACCAAAAUAUUAUUUGGGUGAUGAUACGAAUGUUCAUACUUCAAGAGGUAUAAUACCAAGGAGUGCAUUGAGACCGGCCCAUUUGGAUCCAUCUCAACAAAUUUUACCUACGGAUGUUGGCAGUAGAAUUGGCGUAGUUUAUGUUCCUAAAAGGAUAACACCAAAUGGUGGUACAGCAGAAAUGCAUUUUAUCAUUAAUGGUGAAGAUCAAGGCCCAUGUUCCAAGGAUAUUCCGUAUCAAGAUGGUCCAUUGUUUGCAGUUGUUGAUGUUUACGGUACAACUAAGCAAGUUAAAAUUGUUCAACUUUAUGGAGUUGCUACUUUACAAAGUGCUUGUCGUGAUGCUAUAUUACAAAAUAUGAGAAAGAAAUCUCGCAAGUAUGUUGCUGCAUUACCUCUACCAAAACCUCUGAAAGAGUAUCUUCUAUUCAAGGAAUAAUAGUAAGCUAAUUUUUUGUUUCAUUUUGACUCUUAUUCAUGUAUAAUAUUUAAUACAAUUGGAAACAUUUAAUAUUUGUUUAUUGCCUCUACCCUUAAUGGUAAUUGGUG